CUGAAGUUAUAAACUAUUUCCUACUAUUUGUUUUCCUACCCCUCUUUAACAAUAAUAGAAAAAAUCAUCUAAAAAAAGAAAAAGCAGAUGCAACGAGUAAUUAAAGCAUGUACCACACGCAUCCCACUUAAUGUGCUCAAAAAAGACUUGAUGCAAAAGGUUCAACCAAAACAAAUGAUGCCUUAUUUAAGCAUCUGUCAUCAUCACUAUUAUUCAACUGCCGCUACUAAAACCAUGCAAACAGUAGGUUCAACUGACAUGGAUAAAUCUUCUGCAGAAUUUCACAGUCAUACUCUUCUAGAUGAUUCAAAGGAAUAUAAGAAUUUUGGAAGAGAAGAUUUUCUAAAGUUUCGAUCUUUUCUUUGGAGGGAGAGAAGCUGGGGUUCUAAAGAACAUAUCCUGCAAGUACUCGAUGAUAUGAAGCGUUUAGGCCAUGAUUGGACAAUAGCCGAAUAUAACGAUUAUUUUAUGGUUAAAUUAAUCAAAGCAGAAUAUAAUGAUAUCUUGAAUAUGUAUAGAGAAGAAUUGCAAAAGCGACAGCCACCUAUGAAGCUUACGACAGGCACAUUCAAUGUACUUUUGGCUACAUAUAUUAUGUUAGGGAUGGAAAAGGAAGCGAUUGAGCUAAUACGAAAUGUAUAUAAACAACAUGAUGUGAUACCUGAUAUCCGAGACUUUGCUCGAACUAUGUAUCGAUGCAUGCCCAAUAACACAACCAUAGUCGAGGCAGCAAAACACUUGAUCUUUGACCAUGCAUUUGAUGACAAUACUGAAGCAUUGAAUGCAAACAUUAUGCAUCUCUUUCGAGAGAGAUCGUUUAGUGAUAUAAAAAUGAUAUAUGAACAUUGCCGUUCAGGAUCAGAAAAUCAAAAGAAGCUUGACGUGACUACCUACAAUGCCCUUAUUAAAGGAUACAUAGAUGCUCGUCUAAUACGCGAUGCUAUUGAAACUUACAAGGAUAUGAGAAAGGAAAAUAUCAAGCCCAAUGUAUAUAUCUGUUCAAGUAUGCUAUCGAUCUAUGCUCAUAGGAGAGAUGUUGCCUCUGCUGAAGCUAUCGUGAGAGACACUAUUCUUGGUGGUCAUCCUCCGGAUGAAAAUCUCUAUAAUCAACUGAUUAAAGUUUAUUUUAAAGCUAGACAGACAUCUAAGGCUGUCCAGAUCUUUGAAGAGAUUGAAAAGAAUCCUCAACUGAAGGUGAACGAGGUGAUUAUGAAUACAAUGCUGGAUGGUUUAAUCAUUAAUAAGGAGAUGUAUAUUGCGGGAUUAUUGUAUCGACAAAUGAUGGCAUCUGACUAUAAACCAGAUUUAAUUACGUUAAAUACAAUGUUAAAGGGUUAUAUAGAGACAGAUGACACUCCAUCUGCAAUGGGGAUCAUUUCAGAUAUGUUUAAACUAGGCUUUAAACCUGAUGUAGUCACUUUUACUACCUUGGUUGAUUCUGUUUUCCAUAAAAGAGCCCCCACGACAGCCGGGGAAAUGAUGAGGAUUAUCACGGAACAACUCGAUAUCACUCCUAAUGUGUAUACCUUUAAUGCCAUCAUUAAUAGUUGGGUUCAAAGCGGUAAUAUGGAACAGGCAGAGAAAACAUUUGAGUUGAUGAAAUUACCGAAAUACAAGCAUAUAGAGCCUACCGUUCAUACAUACACAAAUUUGAUUCAAGGUUAUAUUAAGCAAUCGGAUUUAAACAAAGCAAUGAUGACAUUUCAAACUAUAUUACGUAGUGGUAUCCGACCCGAUAGAGCUACCUUCAAUUUCAUGAUCACUGGUUUCCUGGACCAUGAUCGAUUAGCAGAUGCUUAUACAUGUUUAGAACAUAUGAUAUCUAUGAAUAUAAGUCCUACAAAGGAUACUUGGAAAUUAUUGUUAGAUGACUGUUGUCAUAAAAAGGAUUGGGUCAUGGGUCAGAAGGUAGUUGAGGCGCUUAAGCAAUCUGGAUUUCUGAUAACAUCAUACUCUGUUAGAAGACCUUAUACUAUUAUUAAAAAGCACUGCAAGUAAAAAAGAGGAGGGAAGAAUUAACUAGAAUAAAUGAUAUAUAAUAUCACUCGUUGUUGUUUUUAUUUUAUUUAUUUAUUUAU